ACGUCUAAAUAGUAAAGUAAAAUUAUAAUGUUUUGAAAAUUGUCUCCCUCCUACUUGUCAGCAAUUGUCAUUGUUUAGGAAAACUUUCCCAACAUUUUGAUUGGCUAAUAAAAUUGUGUGUUUAAGAACAAAAAACCAAAAUCCAUGGUAUUUUCCUUUGGCGUUGUUGCUGUGAACUCAGGGAGAAAUUAAAUAUCCGAUACUUGAGCAUCCAAUGAUCCAACAAACCCUUUCCUUAUUUAAUUCUCAAAAUCGUUUUCUAUUACCUAUUUGGGUCUUCUUGAUUUUUUUAUAUUCACAUAUUAUCAUGCAGCUCCUUCUUUAGACGGCAUGUAUUAAACCCCCUACAUGUUAGGCGCCAGUACUUCUCCACGCCGCCAUAGACGUGCUUCCCAAUUCUUCCCCGUAUAUAUAUAUAUAUAUACUCAAUGAAUUCUAAAUUUCUAACCCAACCCUAAGAAUCUCACCUUUUAAAUUUCCUUCACCAUCUUUAGCAUAUUAAUACCUUAGCAAGAUUUCUAAGUUUGUUAUGUCUCCUCCAGCGUUGUUUGUGUUUGAAGAUGAUUUAAACAGUAAAUGGAGCAAUGAAGAGUUGCAGCGUCUCAGUGUUUUUGCCAGAGAAAACUCUAACCCUAAUUUCAAAAUCUUGGUGAAGAAUGCUGCUCUGCAGAACCAGCAUACCGUUUCCUCAGUUCUCUCCAGCCCAUCUGUGAAAGAUGAAAGCUUCAGAAUGGUCUUACCUCAGGUGAUGUCUCCACCGAGAGAUAAAGCAGUGCCACUUCCUGUUCUACCCGAGCCGAUGAUGAAACCACAGAAGAAGCUUGGCCGCCAAGAAACCAUGUUUGCUGUAGGAAAAUCUCGGUAUGAUCAUGAGAAAAACCAAAACCAUGAAGAGGAAGAUUUCAAAUGCAGUGCCUUCUGUUUAUCCCUCCUUGGUUUUGGGAAGAAAAAAACUGCGAGGUCACCGAAAAGCAAGGAUUCAUCUAUAAAGAAGAAAAUGAUCAAAGGGUCAUCGUUUUCAAACUCCAUUGUCUCCCUAGGUGCCUCAUUCGAGAAAUUUGAAUAUGGCUCAUGGGUUUCAGCAACUGCUCUGGCCCGAGAAAACGACCGAUUGUACUUUGACCUGCCGUUGGAGAUGAUCCAAUGUGGCCGUGGAGGCGGUGGAAAUGUGCAAGAACCGGUGAGUUCGGGUUUCUUGUUAGACAAGGAAACAGAAAGUUUAGCUUUGAAGAGUGUUCUUCUGAAGACUUCUCUGUCCGGAAGGGAACAAAGAAGUUUGGCUGAGACGUCACCGCAACGCGGUGUCAGAUUCUCGAACAUGACCUCGGUUUCAUGCCCGAGUUCACCUCGAUCGAGUAUCACCCCCACGCUUGCGUAAAGGUUAAAGCUAGAGAUGACUUCAAUACGUUCUUUGCAGCACAGAAAGCGUGGAAAACAUAGUACUAUAAUAAGACUCAGUGCCGUGCGAAGAGUUUUAGGGGCCUAAGGCAAGUUUUAAAAAUAAAUUUAUUUAUAACCGUAAUGAAAAUAAUUUUCUAAUAUGAUCUAUUAUUUUCACCAAAUACACAAGUCUAAUACAAUAAAAGAAUAAUUUUAUAACAUAAAUAUGUUAUAUUAUGUCAUAUAGAAAAAAAAUACAUGAAUUCAAAAAAUAAAUUAAUUAAUUUUGGUAGAAAUGUUUUUUUUUAAUAAGUCUAAACCACUAUACUAGAAAUUAUUUUAAAUUUUGGGGCCCUAAAAACAGUCAUAUUAAUCGGGGGCCUGAGUCGAAUGCCUUUUUCGAUACACUGUAGGCACGCCUCUGAUAAGACUUUACAAUAACAUAUGUUCGUAUCUAAAAAACGGUAUGUAUAUAACAACAACGGAGAGCGAAUAUCUGCUUUCUAUAAAAAUUUGAAUCUCUACGUAUUCAGAUUGAUGAAGGAUUAUGUUUAUGGUCAGCCGACAUGUCUCACCUUUGAUCGAACAUUAAGCUUUUUUGGCACAAUUCUGUUGUUUGGUACUAGUUCUCUGUCAUUGUGUAUAGAGAAUACCAUAAAUAGCAAUAAAAUAGGUUUUUUGACCCAAA